CUUGAGCCUCCUUGGUCACUUUUUUUCGGGGAACAAUACGGAGUUACUCUUGUCUGGGUCUUGCGAUCAGAAAUUCUUUUCGUUGUUUGAUGCUCCCUGCUGUGCGCAGCGCCUUGCGUACUGUAUUGUCGUCGCGGGCUCGAUGGAUGACGGAUCCCGUCAGUAAACCUCCUCCUCCUCCUCCUCCUCCUUCUCCUUCUCCUGCAGCUUCAAUGGUCUCCCGCGACUACGAUGACUACCUCUACUACCCCAAUGCAGAGCAACCCAGCCUGUUUUGGCGUGCGGCGACUCACCAGACCCUCCUCGCCGUCUCGGCCCUGACGCGCGCCUUCCUCUACGGCCUGAACAAGACCGAAGUCCACGGCCUCCCUCGGUUCCUCGACCUCCUCAAGUCUCGCUCGGACUACAAGACGCGCCGCAAAGGUCUGUUGACCGUUUCCAACCACAUCUCGGUCAUGGACGACCCUCUGAUAUGGGGCGUCAUCCCCUUGUCGUUCGCCGCGGUCCAUGGUUACAUGAACCACCGGUGGUCCUUUGGCAGUCACGACAUCUGCUUCCAGAAUGCCCCCUUGUCGCACUUCUUCACCAUGGGACAGGUUCUACCCACCCACCGCAGUGCCCAUUCCCCCUACGGCGGACUCUUCCAGGCCACCAUGACCGAGGGGGUGCGUCUCUUCUCACAGAUCUCGUCCGAAAACGCUGCCCUGUGCCCGUUCAGCAGUCCACAACGUUCGCGACAACAUACGCACCCUGAACCCAGCUGGCCAAGGGACUGCGUCGACCCCUUCUCCGACGUUGCGCCCUCGCCCGCCUACCUUUCGCAACCCAAUGACGUGCGGUGGUAUCACGCCCCCUCCCGCUACGCCAGCAACGCGUACAGCUGGGUCCACAUCUUCCCCGAGGGCAUGAUCCAUCAAGCCGAAGAUCAGACGAUGAGAUACUUCAAAUGGGGGGUGGCAAGGCUGAUCCUCGAACCCCUCGAAGCCCCGGACGUGGUGCCCAUGUUCAUCGAAGGGACCGACCAGGUCAUGCACGAAAGUCGGACGUUCCCUCGCUUUCUGCCGAGGAUAGGCAAGAAUAUAACCGUCACGUUCGGCAAGGAGCUCGACGUGGAAGAGAUGUUUGGAGACCUGCGCAAGAGGUGGCGCGAACUGGUCGAUAAGGACGCCCGAGCGAGCGGCCACAGUCACUGGGAUGAACUCAUGCUGGGCGUCGUGCCAGAGACACUGAAGACUCACCCAGAGGCCGUCGAAUUGCGCAAGGAGUGCACAAGGCGGGUACGGAAUGCAGUGCUCGACGUGAGACGGUCCCGUGGCCUACCGGACGAGGAUCCCAAGUCUGGCGUGGCCGAGACGUGGCUGAGGGAGGGCCCCAAACGAGAGGGCAGGAUGGACGAUGGCAGCUGGGUAAAGGAUGUAUAGAAUAAAGAAGGACAUUAAUGCAUAAUCAAAAGUCUUUUCGUAGAUGCGCAGAGCCAGAUAUAUGAAUGGUUAAAGAGAGCGUCUGCGUCCGCGGAC